AUGGUUUUUGCAUCUUGAUUUAACAACUUUAAAUUUCUAUUUGAAAAGAUAUCGACCAAAAUUUGUUGCCUUUUUUCGAAUUCUUUGGAAUUGGAUGCUCUAUCUGGCCAUAAACAUUAGACGCUUUCUGAAGUCUACUUCUUUCGUUUCACUUGACGUUUCCUUUCAGCAAGUCCUUAACAAUGGCCUUACAGAUUGCGAGACGUUUCCUCCGAAUCCACACAGCGGAUGAGGUAUUCACAACCACCUUCAGGAACCCUACCAACAGGCUUUUCUCUCCGACCGAUCGGAGCUAUUCUUCUAGCUCCUCCGAUCUCAUUCGCGCCACUCUCUUCCCCGGCGACGGUAUCGGUCCCGAGAUCGCAACCUCCGUCAAACAGAUAUUCAAUGCUGCAGAAGUCCCAAUUGAAUGGGAAGAACAUUACGUAGGGACAGAAGUAGAUCCCAGAACUCAAAGCUUUGUCACAUGGGAAAGUCUAGAAUCUGUAAGAAGAAACAAGGUUGGAUUGAAAGGUCCCAUGGCUACACCAAUUGGAAAAGGUCAUCGUUCCUUGAAUCUCACUUUAAGAAAAGAACUGAAUCUGUACGCAAAUGUCAGACCAUGUUACAGUCUACCUGGUUACAAAACUCGAUAUGAUGAUGUGAAUCUCAUCACAAUCCGUGAAAACACAGAAGGAGAAUACAGUGGUCUUGAACAUCAAGUUGUGAGGGGAGUUGUUGAAAGUCUUAAAAUCAUAACACGUCAUGCAAGUUUAAGAGUAGCUGAAUAUGCUUUUCAUUAUGCUAAAGCUCAUGGUAGAAAAAGAGUUUCUGCUAUACAUAAAGCUAACAUCAUGCAAAAAACAGAUGGUUUAUUUCUAAAGUGUUGUCGUGAGGUUGCUGAGAAGUACCCUGAGAUAACAUAUGAGGAAGUUGUGAUUGACAAUUGCUGUAUGAUGCUUGUAAAGAAUCCAGGUUUAUUUGAUGUGUUAGUGAUGCCUAAUCUUUAUGGUGAUAUUAUAAGUGAUCUUUGUGCUGGUUUAAUUGGAGGAUUAGGGUUAACACCAAGUUUAAAUAUUGGGGAGGGAGGAAUUGCUGUUGCAGAAGCUGUACAUGGUUCAGCUCCUGAUAUAGCUGGAAAGAAUUUGGCAAAUCCAACUGCUUUGUUAUUGAGUGGUGUAUCAAUGCUUAGACACUUGAAGAUUAAUGAUAAAGCGGAUAGGAUACAGGAAGCUGUGUUGAAAACAAUAGGAGAAGGAAAGUACAGAACAUCAGAUCUUGGUGGAUCUUCAAAAACCUCGGAUUUCACGAAAGCAAUCAUUGACCACCUUUGACUUUGAUUAAAGUUUAAUUACAUAGAUAUUAUAUUGUUUGGUAAAUAUCCCAAUUUAAAAGGGAGAUCACUAUCCUUGAGAGUAUUCUAGCAAAACUUUUUCUUGAUUUUAUUUUUUUA